AUGGCUGCUGCAGACGCGCCGCCCCUGCAUGGGGAAGACAAGGAGGAAAUUGCCGAGAUUGAGGGCGUGACUGCCGACACUUACAGAAGUGUUGUCGAGCAGCGGUCGUCAGACAGGAAGCUCCGGGAGCAAGCAGAAGAUCGAAGAGAAGAUCACAAGCCCAAGUUCAUCCAGCCACAUAAGGAGAAGCGCUUCAAGAUCUACAUGAAAUACGAAGGCCGAAAAGGCCCUCCUGCCUGGAUCAAAUCCAGACUGCCGAAGCAUGGCGGCUUCGAGGAUGGACCUGCAGUUGCCAUCAAGAAGAUGUUUGUGAACUUUUACAACAGAAUCAGAGACAUGCUGUCAAUCCACAGCGUGCAUCUGAGAAGUGAGACUGGGAUCGCCAUUCCGGACGAGGAUUCAAUUGCCGGAUAUGUUGGCUACGGUGGUCUGAUCUACGUAGUGGACGGGUCUCCACCAGGCAAGCCGCCAGAGAAUGUGGUGUACUUCUGGGGAGCCAACUCUUGGAGUGAUCCGAAAGGAGACACGCCCUCACCAGUCUUGACGCUGCAGCGGAAGCGUGUCAGCCAGAUCAGCGUUGGGAAAGAGCAUGCGGUUGCUCUUACAGAAGGCGGUCGCAUCUUCGCUUGGGGCAAGAAUGACUUUGGACAGCUCGGUACGGGCGACGAGGAAAACAGAGCGCUGCCAUCGUACACGGAGCUUCCGUACGAGACGUAUAUCUCGCAGGUGGCUGCUGGAGGUAAUUACACCAUCGGAGUCACCAAGCGCGGUGAAGUGUGGAGUUGGGGCCGGUUUCAGGCAUCCAACUUCCCCAGGCUGUUCACAGAAACAUGGUGCAACGGCUACGAAGCAAAAGGCGAGAUGGGCCUCAAGGGGUUGAAGAUCGUCCGUGUUUCCGCUGGCGACCAGCACAUGGGCGCGCUCACGAAAGAGGGCAAGCUCUACACAUGGGGCUACAACGAUUUUGGUCAGCUUGGCUGGGGACUGCACGGAGAGGGCAGAGUUGGCCAACAACGGCCAAACCAGGUCAAGGGCCUCUUGGACACUGAAGAGGUCAUAGAUUUUGCGUGUGGUGGUGGUCACACAGUUGCCAUCACGAAGAGCUGUCGAAUUUUUGGUGAGCGGAUUCUGUACGUCGGAACGGCGUUGGUCCUGCAAACUGUCGAGGUGCCUCUAGGUGAUCCGGUGUCGAAAGUGCGCGCCGGUUGGCAAUGUACAGCUUACAUCACUGAAAGUGCUCGUCCCAUCAUUUGCGGCGGCAUUCGUGCAGAGGGCCCGAGCGUUGCUGACAUGCAGCAGGCUGGAGAAGACGGCGAAGUCGCCCCUGAGAUGCGCAGUGGUGGCUACAAGGGUGGCGGUCCCCAGCCGGAGGCUGGCGUCAUGGACAUGGUCAGCACCACAGGGGUCGAAGUCAUGACGGAAGUAGUCACAGAGGCCGCUGUCGGCGAGGCCCAUGGCAUCCUGGUGUGUUACGACGGAACACUGCGUGGCUGGGGGUACAACCGGCAGAAACAGGCCAUUGGUGAUGAGACCGAUGACACCUUCGUCAAGCCACAGGCAGUGGAUGACGUGCCCUUUGCCCGCGACCAAGCUCUUGUUCCCGAUCCCACCAGCCGGGAUUGGAUAUCCAAGUCAUGA